AUGAACACGGAGCCAAACACCAGCAGCCCCCGUAGAUCUAAUGGCCGGUUUCGUGCCAAGGUAGAUGCAGCGAAGGAAGGGAUACAAGACGCGCUGGAAAAGCUUGCCGGGAUUUCCGACGUCCUGGAGCAUCAGAAUAAGCGAUGUGAGCAACUGGUGCAGAAAGCGGCUCUGGUCCAGACUCGCAUUCUGGAACGAGUGUCUACGGCGCCGGCAACUGAUGAGGCAGCAACCCGCCUACGGGCCGAUCUUUCCAAAGCGGUGAAUGACAUUCACGCGCUGAUCACGAAACGCGAUGGCAAGCGUACUCUGACCCGUUAUCAAGAACUUGUCGAACCUGAGAUUCACAUGCUCGAGGAGGCGCUCGAUUCUCUCCUCGCCAAAUUUUCCGUGAUAACUGUGGUCCAUGUGAGCGAGCGUGUGGACAGACUGGAGCAACAGAGGGAUGGAGCGCUGGUAUAUCAAGUACCUGUCGAUCUGCCACUGUUAGUGAUGCCACCCAAGCCCGUUGUCUUCAAUGGGCGAGACGAACUGGUCGAAUCGAUUGUACAGGGCCUCUGUGAGGCUGGCAACUGCCAUAUACCGAUACUUGGUCCAGGUGGGAUUGGGAAGACAGCGGUCGCUGCGGCGGUGAUCAACGAUGGACGGAUCGUAACGAAAUACGGGGCGAACCGGAUCUUCCUCAGCUGCGAAGGAGUGCCAACCUGUGACGGAAUCGUCAGUAUGCUUGCCGUGAAUUUGCGCCUCCACCACGAUACAGACGCACGUCGGGCAGUGUUUGCGUAUCUCACGUCUCUCAGCCGCGUUUUGUUCGUAAUUGACAACGCCGAGACAGCGUUGGAUUCCGAAGAUCGAGCGAAUGUGGAGAACUGGAUGGGCACGAUCGCAGGAGAAGCACAUAUCUCGCUGAUGAUCACAAUGCGAGGAUCGAGCCCACCGACGACCGUUCGAUGGAGGAACGUCUUCCGCGAUCCUCUUCUACCGCUGACUCUCUCCGCUUCUCGUGCGACGUGGCUUGCACACGGAGCAAGCGAAGAUGCCGAACUUGAUACACUGUUGAACAUGCUCGAUGGGUUACCGAUCGCGAUCAUGUUGAUGGCCACUCUCGAUCGAGUGGCCAAGCCUGCCGAGCUGAUUGAUCGAUAUGAAAGCGAGAAGACGUCGUUGAUGAGCAACGGAGGAACGACACGAUUGACGAGUCUAGAAAUCUCCAUCCGCCUGUCGCUCAACUCUCAUACUAUGGUGAACAGUCCUGGGGCGGCCGAUCUGCUUUCGAUCCUGUGCUUGUUACCUGAUGGGAUGUUGGUUGCCGCGAUGACAAAAGCUCUUCCCUCGUUGAGUAAGCACGGAUCCGUGCUGGUGAAGACCGGGCUUGCUAUUCGUGAGAAGGAGCGAAUCCGAUGUCUGGCGCCAAUUCGAGAGUUCAUUCUCAAGUCUGGCAAAUUGCCGUCAGCACCUCUGGCAGAUCUCCGCUUGUUCUUUAUGAACAUGACGAAACGAGUGGACGACCUUGGUGGCGAAGGGUCGCGCGAUGCGAUCGGGUGUCUUUCAGCAGAAUUCAGCAAUAUACUUUUUCUCCUCCGGCAUUUUUGGAUCGAACGGUCUGGAGAUGCCAUUGACGAUACUUGGCGAGCAACGUUGACAAAUUCUACGUUCAAUAUCAGCGAUUUCUCCACCUUUGCUCGGUUAGGUGAUUGCAGCGAUCUGCUAGGACUUGCGUUCAAGCAGCUGGAAAUAGAAGAGGACGCAGAAAACACAACAAGGUGCAUUCAAUUGAGGGGGUAUGCUUUGGAAGCAAGAAAUCAAUAUGACGAGGCUUUGAGGCGAUAUGAUGAAGCGAAGGAGAGAUAUCAAACGAGCGGAAACUUCUACCGUGUGGCUCAGUGCACCCAGAGCAUCGGCGACAUCUUCUGCAUGCAAUCCAAGUACGACGAGGCGACUGCGGUGUUGGAGGAGGCACGGGUGGAGCUUUCCGCCACUGGAUCUCGCCUCGGUGUGGCUCAGUGCACCCGGAGCAUCGGCGAUAUUCUCCGUAUGCAAUCCAAGUACGACGAGGCGGCUGCGGUGUUGCAGGACGCACGGACGGAAUUCCUCUCGAUUGGAUCCCGCUUUGGUGCGGCUCAGUGCACUCAGAGCAUUGGAGAUACCUUCUACAUGCAGGACAGGUACGACCAGGCGGCUGUGGUGUUGGAGGAGGCACGUGUGGAGUUCCGCGCGGUAGGAUUCCGCCUGGGUGCGGCUCAGUGCACCCGGAGCAUCGGCAACAUCUUUCAAAUGCAGUCCAAGUACGACGAAGCAGCGACAGUGUUGACAGAGGCACGUGUGGAGUUCCGCGCGAUUGGAAACCGUCUCGGUGCGGCUCAGUGUACCCGAAGCCUCGGAGACAUCUUCCGCAUGCUAGACAAGUACGACGAGGCGAUUGCGGUGUUGGAGGAGGCACGGAUGGAAUUCCGCGCAAUAGGAUCCCGCCUUGGUGCGGCUCAGUGCACCCAGAGACUUGGCGACACCUUCCGCAUGCAGUCCAAGUACGAGGAGGCGCUUACGGUGUUGGAAGAGGUACGGGUGGAAUUCCGCGCGAUUGGGUCCCGCCUCGGUGUGGCUCAGUGCUCCCGAAACAUCGGCGAAAUCUUCGUCGCGCAAUCCAGGUACGACGAGGCGGUUACGGUAUUGGAAGAGGCACGGCUGGAGUUCCGCGCGAUUGGAGACCGCGUCGGUGCUGCUCAGUGCACCCAGAGCAUCGGAGACACCUUCUACAUGCAAGACAGGUACGACCAGGCGGCUGCGGUUUUCGAGGAGGCACGUGUGGAGUUCCGCGCGAUUGGAUCCCGCCUGGGUGCAGCUCAGUGUACCCGGAGCCUCGGCGACAUCUUCCUCAUGCUAGACAAGUACGACGAGGCGGCCCGAGUGUUCGCGGAGGCACAGCUGGAGUUCCGCGCGAUUGGAGAACGCCUCGGUGUGGCUCAGUGCACCCAGAGCAUCGGCGACAUCUUCCUCAUGCUAGACAAGUACGACGAGGCGGCCCCAGUGUUCGCGGAGGCACAGCUGGAGUUCUGCGCGAUUGGAGAACGCCUCGGUGUGGCUCAGUGCACCCAGAGCAUCGGCAAGAUGUUCGGGGUGCAAUCUAAGUACGACGAGGCGACUGCGGUUUUGGAGGAGGCACGGCUGCAGUUCCGCGCGAUUGGAAACCGCCUCGGUGCGGCUCAGUGCACCCAGACCAUCGGCGAAAUCUUCCGCAUGCAGGGUCAGUAUCAGGAAGCCCUUGCGCGCAUAGAGGAAGCCAGGGUUCAAUUCCAGGCGAUCGGUCAGCUCAGGAGCGUGGACGAGUGCGUCUCCUCGACCCGCGAAGUGCAGGCGGAACAGGCCCGGCUUGCUGGUCAUAAGAGACAGCAAGACACAGGCAUCUUGAGAUCCCGCGAACGCAGCGACGGGGUAGCCCGGCUUUGGCGAAGGCUCAGGCAUGGCACUCCGCCGACUUGA